AUGGCGGGAACAAAGGUCAAGAGAAUGAUCAUGCAAAUCUUCCUUGGGAUAUAUGGGAGCUUAAUACUUCAAGAUUUGGCUUGGUUAAUAGCAGUAGUAACACUGCUGCUGCUACCGACACAUUCUUCACCACCACCCCCCCCCCCCCCCCCCCCCGCCACUAGUGUGGUGGAGAGCGGCAGCUCCUGCACCAACCCAGAAGGCACUUCUGCACAUGGAUUCUUGUUUCCGAACCAAAACAGUUGGCUUUACCACCACAGCAACAAUAACAGUUAUCAGCAACUCUCUCUUUAUGCAGGUGACGGGUCCAACUUGCCCCCAGACCCGCACCUAAUGUGCUUGAAGCUAGGCAAGCGACACUACUUUGAAAACAGUACUAGUAAUAACAAUCACAACAACCACCCAGUGAGUGACCGACACGAGAUUGGUGGGUUCUCUAUAGGCAAAAGAGGCAAACCCUACUACAGCGUCGGUGUUGGUGCUCACGACGGACCCUCCUCUUCCACGUCAGUGAAUGUGCCGAGGUGUCAGGUGGAAGGGUGCCAUGUGGCGUUGUUGAAUGCUAAAGAUUAUCACAGGAGGCAUAAAGUUUGUGAGAUGCACUCCAAGGCUCCUAAAGUAAUUGUUCUAGGUUUGGAGCAGCGGUUCUGUCAGCAGUGUAGCAGGUUUCAUGUAGUGUCAGAGUUUGAUGAUGCAAAGAGGAGUUGUAGGAGGAGAUUGGCAGGGCACAAUGAAAGAAGAAGAAAGAGCUCUCAGGAUCCUGUUUCAAGGAAUUCCUCUCAAGAAAAACUGAUGGCUGGGAGAUUUCCAUACAUAGCGUCGCCGACAGGAUGUGCUCUCUCUCUUCUGUCAUCCAAAGCUGAUUCCUGGGUUUCUCCGUCUGAUCUCCCCUCAAGAUCAAGUGCUGCACUUCGUGAAUUGAUUGCAGAACACCGCACAGCCAUAUUAGCUAGACAGCUUGUUCUUGAAAAACACUUGCACCACCAUGCCAUGGAAGACCUUGGUGAGUCCCAACCUAGCUCCAAUUUUCUUAUAACCCAUCAGCAACAAGUGCUGUCCGAGCCACGCCAUUGGGGCCGGUUAAACGACACCAGCACGCAUGUGACUUUGGACCUCAUGCAGGCUCCAAGUUCAGCAUUCGGAUUCUUGUCUCCCAGAGGGAAAAAUAAAGAAGAGGAAGAAGAGUGUUCUGAGUUAUGGAGCACCAUGGAAGGAGCCCAUGUAGUUUAAAAUUAAUCUGCAACACCUACUUUAUUCUUUUGCAUUUGGUGUUAAUUGUUUGGUCAGUGAGGCUUUUGGAUCGUUCAACUUGCUGUAUAAUUCUUUUUUGUUUGAUUGGAAACUCUUUUUUCACUCGGUCUCUAAUUUUUACCAUAAUUAAUUUUCAUAGUUCAAUUCAAUUGUGUACAGUGACUGGAAUAAUCAAUGCACUUGGAGCAAUUUGCCAAUUGAACCACUGUUUUCUUUC